AUGUUUAAAGAUAAUAAUAGAACAAUUAAAUGGACUGAACUAUAAAAACAUUCAACAAACACAGAUUGCUGGAUAUUAAUAGAUGGUAUAGUAUAUAAUGUUACUACAUAUUUAGCUGAACAUCCUGGUGGAGAUGACAUAUUACUUAAAUAUGGAGGAAAGGACGCAACAUAAAGAUUCAAAUCAAUAGGUCAUACUGAUUAUGCAAUAUCUAUAAGAGAUUAACGUAAAGUUGGAAUGAUAGAAUAAGGGGAAUAGCCGACUGAAUAUUAAGAAUGGAUAAAAAAAUAAGAAGUACUUUAAAAUGAUAUAACAUGGGAUGAAUUAGAAAAACAUAAUAAAUAAGAUAGUCUUUGGAUGGUUAUAGAUGAAUAUGUUUAUGAUUUAACUAAAUAUUAGAAUUAACAUCCUGGAGGAUCAAAAAUUUUAAUAACAAACAGUGGAAAAGAUGCAAGCUAAUAAUUUUAAGAAGCAAAACAUCCGGAAAGUGUUAAAGAAUUAAGAAAAGAAUUCAUUGUAGGAAAGAUAAAAGGAGUUAAUCCUAAACAUAUAAAAAAUUAAGGACAUAUUCAUUAUUUUUAUAUUAUAGGUAUAAUAGUAAUUAUAGGAGGAUAUUAUCUUUAUAAUUGA